ACCACAGAAUGAUCGGGUGCAUUUCGUUGUACGCGUUCCGAGAAAUGGCCGCGUCGUGGAAGUAACGCCACUGAUGCUAACUGAAUGUAUAAUUAUCAUCUAAGUUCUCCAAUUCGUUCAGUAGCAGUGCGAAAAACUCGUCGAAGGAAGUGCGAAUGUACUGGGGAAGUGUGAAAACAUUUACGCAGGUUUAUCCGAAGUUGUCGUUUCUAAAGCGAUUGACUCAGAGCGGGCCACGAAAAGAUCACCUAUCGGGAGUGCCCGCUGCGAUAAUGUCUACCUCCGCGAAGACCUCACGAACCGGAGGAAAGUUUGGCAAACGAAUCAUUUGGAUUGACUUGGAGCUCACGGGGUUAGAGCAGGACGCCAAGAUACUGGAAAUCGCGUGUUUGGUUACUGACCCUGACUUGGAGGUAUUGGAUGAGGGUGUUGAAUGUAUCGUGCAUCAACCGGAUGAUGUGCUGAAUAGCAUGAAUGCUUGGUGUGUCGAGCAUCAUGGGAAGUCAGGAUUGACAGAAGCGUGCCGUAAAAGUACGAUGAGUUUGGAACAGGCUGAACAGAAAGUCUUGAAGUUCGUAGAAGCCUUGACCCCGUUUGGAAAAUGUCCGAUCGCGGGCAGCAGCGUUCACACAGAUCGUGAAUACAUUCGCAGACUGAUGCCGAAAUUCAACGAGCAUUGCAGCUAUCGUAUCAUCGAUGUUUCAUCUAUCAAGGAAAUUUGCAGACGGUGGUAUCCUGGUAUAUUCAGCCGUUGUCCUACGAAAAAGCUCUCUCAUCGAUCGCUGGAUGACAUCCUUGAAAGCAUUGAAGAGUUGAAGUAUUAUCGGCAGAACAUAUUUGUGAAUGAGGUGGAACGGAAUGCUCGAAAAGAACAAGAGCAAACCAUGAAUUCUGAAAGUGGGGGAGAUGCCCUUAAGUGAAUAACGUAAACGUACACAUCGUGAAAUAUAUUUUUUCCCGUAUGCCCUUUCAAAU